AUGAGCAACAAUUUAUUUUACAAGGAAGAUCUUGUUUCAAACGAGACCAGAGAGAUAGUACUCUUUACACUGAGUAUCCUUCAAUCACCAGUGAUCCUUUGUGGAUGGAUUACAAAUCUAAUCAACAUAAUCACAUUUAUCCGGCUCGGAUUAAAAGACAGCAUCACAUUAAGUUUCUUUUUCCUGACCUGCUCAGAUCUAAUCUGCCUGGUAAUCAUAUUUCCAGGAAUUUAUUUGGCUUACAUUUUGCCAUACCUUUUCAUGAACUGGCCAGCGGGAAGCUCUAUGAAUUUAGUAGUGGUGAUCUAUUACUAUCUAAUGUUUUACGAUGUGUCAAAAAUGAUUACAACAUUCAUCGCACUUCAAAGAUGUUGCUGCGUGGCCAUGCCCUUCCAGUUUAAGAACACUUUUACCUGCACGAAACUCUCAAAUGUCUCGGAUCACUUAUUACUUGUUUUACUGAGAUCUGAUGCGUGGCGAGACUAUGCCAUUGCCUAUGACAUCAUCAACUCCAUUUUACUGACGACAGUGUGUCAUAUCACUGUCCUCACCUGCCUUUUUAUCCUCGUGUCGAAUCUGACUUCUUCAUCAAGAUUUCGUCACUCAGCAUCUUUACACCGAUUAAAGAUGAAAAAACUAGAAAAUCGCAAGAAAAUACAGGAUGCAAAAUUUCAUAAAAGUUAUCAAAAGGGUAAAGAAAAAGUGGAUGCAGAUAAAAUUAACCUGACAAAAACAUUUAACACAAAGGAGAUUCAAGCUAUUAAAUCCACCAUUCUUUUGUCAAUAAUUUUUCUCGUAUGUAACACCCCAAAAGUUUUAAUGGGUUACGCAAAAUUGAUUGAGCCGAGAUUUAGUGUCAACAAACAAUUCAGCAAUCUUCACUUCAUUUGCGGCACGGUAAAGAAUACUCUAGAAAUUAUCAACGCUUCGGCAAGCAUGUUUGUUUAUCUGGCAUGCAACACGCGAUACCGACAGACUCUGAUCUCAUAUAUGAACACGGUAUGUGUGAAAUGGUUCAAACAGAAAACUACACCAGCCUCGGUUAACAAUGGAACUUAG